AUGUUAUUCGAAGACCUCGCCACAGAGCUCGUGGUGCAGGUAUUUCUAUCCUGCACCUCAGUCACCGACGUAACAGCCCUAUCUUCCACCUGCAAACGUUUCCGCAACAUCUAUUCGUCCUCGCAAAAACUCACCAUCCUUGAAUCCGCCGCAGAAGCGCAAUUCGGCCCCCUCCACGACCUCACCCAGCUCCUCACACACAACGCCAGCCAACCCGCCCACAUCUUCCGCUCCGCACCCUUCUCCCUCGCCCUCCUUACCCAAAUUGUCGCCUACGGCCGCGUCGCAGAGAAAUGGUGCGACAUCUACCCUUUCAAAAAAUGGAAACACAACUUCGAGAACCGCCGCCUCCUAACCCCCCAAGAACGUUUCAAGCUGAGAAGAGCAAUCUACCGCAUAUGGCUUUACUCGCGCGCCUUCCACAACCCUGCCCACCCCCGCGAACUCCGCGCCACCCGCCUCGUCCUCCUCAAGCGCGCUGCCCUCCUUCACAACUGGACCACAUGCGACCUCGCCGAGAUAUCCGACAUCCACAACAUCAUGCGCGAAGUCGUCCAAUCCAACAUCUGCCCCUCCAACGGCACCAUCGCUCGCAAAUUUAAAAAACGUCACCCGGGAAAUGAAGGCGGCCUGCUCUUCAAUAUCCAUCUCAACUACCCACCCUCCGCGCCUCAGGCGUUUAAUCCCUUCUUCACCACCACCACUACCACUACCACCACUCCAAAUCCCUUAUCCACUCAUUUCAACAACACAACUACCUACACGUCCCGCUUCGCAGCAACAAAAUACUCCCUGAGCCCCUCGCACGAAGUCGGCGCAGAGGGCUGGGGCGACGAUAUCCCCCACUACUACGUUGUCCAAGAUUACCUGAAACUUGACCCCGCGCAGAUACUCUAUCUCAAGGAGAAUGCGCCGUUGAAGGGCAUGGUCGAGGGCUACGUGAGGAGUCUGUGGUGUGAGUAUGAGUGGUUUACGAAUAAUGGCGAGACGUGGGUGCAGACGCUGGAGUUUGUGCUGGAUGAGCGCGGCGAGGAUGUGGGCGGGUUUAUGGAGGCGAUUGUCGAGGGGGAGUUGGGGGUUUGCUGUUUCUGA